AUGCAUGAAGGCUUGGUGAUGAUUCUGUAUAAUCACAUCAAGAACACGAUCAUCCAAAUGAAUAUUGCAGAGAUUUCAAACUCAGAUGAAGAUUUUGAGGAGUCAGAAGAGGAAGAAGGUGGUGGCUAUGAUAUAGAAGAAGAGACUGAAGAUGACCUCCAAAUGGCUAGAUCAAGCAGGCGAAAAAAAAAAUCGGAACAGGGGAGACAAAACAGAGGGUUUGCUAAAAAUAAAAAAAGAGGGGAGUAUGAUAGUUGGAAUGAGGAUGAGGAAGGGACUGACAAUGACACAAACACCGAAAAUGAGGAGGCUCAAACCCAGGUGAGCCUAAAACAGAAAAAGAAGAAUUCAAAAGGCAGGGAGGUGGAAGAAAGGUCGCCUCUCAAGUUUGAUUUCAAGUAG